AUGGCGGUGGACAAGCCCGGCGGCGGCGGCGGCGGCGGCGGCGGGGCCUCGUCCUCCACGUCCUCGCCCGCCUCCACCACGGACCGCUUCCUCAAGAUCGUGCUCAGCUGGGACUACCUCCGCAUCGUCGCCGACUCCAAGGGCGCGGACAAGGCCAAGGGGCUGCAGCACGUGAAGAACAGCUACGCCUCCGUGGACGAGUACUUGGGCGUCUUCGAGCCGCUGCUCUUCGAGGAGGUCAAGGCGCAGAUCCUCCAGGGCCGCCGCAACGAGGAGGAGGAGGAGGAGGAUGAGGUUGGGCUGGACUGGCAGAGAGCGGCGGUGGCAUCAUGUGCAGAGUCCGAGGGUUUCCACAAGUUGUCCAUGGUGGUGUCCGAUGGCCUCCGCGACAGUGUGUGUGAGAAUGACCUCCUCCUGCUCUCCAAAGAGAAAUUUGAGGAGGGAGUGAAUCCUACGGCAUAUGCCUUUGCCGUGGUGGAACAGCGAGGUGGUAAAGAUAACCUCUCUCUUAAAACAUUUGUGGCGGGGGAAAUCAAAAAUCUAAAUGUUGCACGGCCUGUGAAGUCUUCAAGGCUGCAGCGCUUUGCUUCCAUUUUGUCAACACAAAAUAGCUUUCUGUGGGUUUUAAAGAUGUGCAGCUUAUCUACCAUACUGCGAGAGUACUCUGGAAUGCACUCUGUAGCUUCACAUCCUUUUAAGGAUUUGAUUCUUUCAGCUUCUGAGAACAACAGAGAUGGAGAUGAUCAAAAGCGUGCUUGGAAUGUACCUCAGCCACUUAUGGAUUACCUGAAAACAAAUCUUAAUGGUUCACAGCUAGAUGCAGUUAAUGCAGGUCUUUCGCGCAGAUCCUUUGUCCUUAUUCAGGGCCCACCAGGAACUGGAAAAACACAAACGAUCCUUGGACUUCUCAGUGCUGUUCUCCAUUCCGCUCCUGCGAGAAUGCAGACUAGAGGAGGGUUUGAUGUUCAAAAGCAUGGGCCAGAGCUGGACAUAGAGAGCAAGCAUGCAAACUGGAUGAAAGCAUCUCCAUGGCUAAUUGGUGCAAAUCCUCGAGAUUUGAUUAUGCCUAUCGAUGGUGAUGAUGGUUUUUAUCCUACUGGGAAUGAUCUGAAACCUGAAGUCAUAAGUUCCAAUCGCAAGUAUCGUGCCCACGUGUUGGUCUGUGCUCCAUCCAACUCAGCACUUGAUGAGAUUGUAUUGCGUGUUCUUCAAACAGGAAUACGUGAUGAAAAUAACAACACUUAUAAUCCCAAGAUUGUGCGUAUUGGACUAAAGGCGCAUCAUUCUGUCAAAGCAGUUUCCAUGGAUUACCUUAUACAACAAAAAAAUUCUGGGGUGGCAUCAGAUGGCGGGAGACGAGGAGCUGGUGAAUACGAUCGGAUUAGAGCUUCACUUCUUGACGAAGCAGCUAUUGUGUUUUCUACCCUCAGUUUCAGUGGAUCGGCCAUUUUCACCAGGAUGACUCGUGCUUUUGAUGUUGUUAUAAUUGAUGAAGCCGCGCAAGCUGUAGAACCAGCGACUCUUGUGCCCCUGGUUCAUGGAUGCAGACAAGUUUUUCUUGUUGGUGACCCAGUUCAGUUGCCUGCAACUGUAAUGUCAAAGACUGCUCAGAACUUAGGUUAUCGAACAAGUUUGUUCCAGAGAUUUCAAGCUGCUGGUUUUCCCGUGCAAAUGCUCAAAAUUCAGUAUCGUAUGCAUCCAGAGAUUAGUGUAUUCCCUUCAAAAGAAUUCUAUGAAGGCAUCCUAGAAGAUGGGGAAGGGCUCAACAAAAAACGUCCAUGGCAUUCCUACAGCUGCUUUGGACCAUUUUGCUUCUUUGAUGUUGAUGGGGUUGAAUCUCAGCUGUCUGGAAGUGGUUCGACGGUGAAUGAGGAUGAAGUGGAAUUCAUAACCCUCCUAUAUCACCAAUUGGCCAUGCGCUAUCCAGAACUCAAAUCUAGUUCUCAAGUAGCUGUUAUAUCACCAUACAGGGGUCAGGUGAAACUCUUGAAGGACCAUUUCCGGUCGACCUUUGGCGACCAAUCAAAGGAAGUUAUAGAUGUAAACACCGUUGAUGGAUUCCAGGGCCGUGAAAAGGAGCUUGUCAUUUUUUCAUGUGUUCGAUGCAAUAAGGAGCAAAAUAUUGGGUUUGUUUCUGAUUUUCGGCGAAUGAAUGUUGCCAUCACCAGAGCUAGAUCUGCUGUACUAGUAAUAGGUUCCGCUUCAACAUUGAAGAAAGAUAAACACUGGACCAACCUUGUUGAGAGUGCCAAAGAGCGAAACCGUUAUUUCAAGGUGACAAAGCCAUUCACUGCGUUCUUCGCCGAGGAUAGUUUCAAAACCAUGAAGGUGGAAAGACCUGUUCCAGACGCGAGGAUAUCACAGGCAGUAGAAGCCAUCAAUGAAGUAGUUGCAAGGCAAGAAGUGAUGGACGCCGACGAUGCUGGUGACAAUCAAGCGGAUGGAGAUGAUUAUGACGCCAUGGAGGCUGACGAUGGAGGCGGUGGUGAUGAUUGA